AUGGAUGCGCGUGGCCCGCUCGCGGACCUCGACGACGCCCCGCUCGCGCGCCGCGGCUGUUCCGCCAUGGACGAGCCCGAGAAAGUGAGGGGCAGGGAGGAUGCGGCGUCGGGCCACGAGGCUGGCGGCGCUGAGGAGGCCGGGGAUGGGUUCCAGCUCGUGAUCCAUGGCAAGAAGAAGAAGAGGGCGGCUAGCGGCCAGGACUGCAGGACUGCUGGCUCUGGCUUUGGCGCUGGCGCCGGGCCAGUGCGGGCGUUGACCAGGGAGAAGGGAGACGCGCCGGCGCCGGGGGCCAAGGCCAAGGUGCCUUGCCACGAUCCAAGCAUUCCCCGGCCGCAGGACGUGUACAAAAUCAGAGUGGAUAACUACAAGCCAUUCGAGCAUGUCUGGCUGGAGCGCAACGAAGACGGCACCCGACAUGUUCACCCGCUGGAAAACCUGCCUGUUGAACAGUUCGUUGUUAGAAAUGUUCCUGACAGAGAACCAGUGAAGCCAGCUGAUUUAGAGGAUACACCAUUUACGCUGGUUCAAGAUCACAAAGGCUUAACAGAAUUAGCUAAGAAGUUGAAGAGCGUAACUGAAUUUGCUGUAGAUCUAGAGCAUAAUCAAUAUAGGUCAUUUCAGGGCUUGACCUGCUUGAUGCAGAUUUCAACAAGAACAGAAGACUUUAUUGUGGACACUCUUAAGCUACGCAUAUACAUUGGUCUCUAUUUGCAAGAGCCUUUCAAAGAUCCAACAAAGAGAAAGACUGUCCGCGUGGUGUCACCAAGGCAGAUAAGCGAGUUCCGGAGGUCCGAGAAGCGAGUGAAGGAAGAAGCGCAGAAGGGGAAGGAGACUGGUGAGAAGGGCGGAUCAAGCACGAGACUUACCGGUGAGGCGGUGGCCCACGUCGACGACUUACCGGAUUUUUUUUCAAAUGCAAAGCUGGAUAUGAGGGCAGGCCAGAUGUGGUGGCUACCGCGAGCUGUAAAGAAGCUCAUCGUGGACAUGAACUACGAGGCACAUCCAGGCCAUCGUAACUUUCCACGCCUCCAUCCUUGGAGAGAAGAUGAGUAA